UUGAGUUUCUCUAAAACAUAUGCACCAAAACAAGCCACGAAAACAUCUUCAAUAUUAGGCUUACACUACAAGAGACAUCACAAGGCCGCGUUCGGCGUCAAAACACAACGAUGGGUCAGGCAUUUCGUCGAGCAUCUGGAAGAAUCCGGGCAGCAUCCGAGGCUGACACCUCAUCUUUCUCCAAGCCAAAGACCGCCGUUGAUCGCCGACCGCCGCCCACGGUUGCCACCGACAAGGCGGCGCAGAUCUCGAAAGCCGCCGAACAAGACGUACUUCAGGCCGAUGAUCGUUCUAGAGUUAAUAUGGACAACAUCCUGGAAGAAAGAGAUCCCAAAUUUGAUGCUAUGCUUGGUCAAAUGGUUGGUAGAAUUAAAUCAAAGCCUGGGGGGAAACCUGAGAUGGGUGAGGCCUUCGUGGUUGAGAAGUACAACAGGCCAAUGCCCAAAUUGCGAAACACAAAACCAGAUUCUGGGCGCUAUGAGGAAAGGCAGGUUCCUGCUGGCACUUUGAAUAUUGCUCAGUUGCGCCAUAUCAUACUUUUGCACGAAGGUAAGGCUGAUGAUUACAAUGGACGUAUGAAUGCUCAACAGAUUGCUGAAAAAUUUCAAGUGGAUCUUGUUCAGAUUCAAAGGAUCUUGCAAUUCUUAUCACAACCUCCAGAAGGUAGCAGUAAAGACAAGAACGAAGCACCAAGAUAAUAGCUUAACUGACAUUACUCACUGGUUCUUUCUUGUCUUAAAAUGGCUGUUCUAACUGGAUUUCAAGUGCGGACAAAAGUCUUGGGCAUUAAAAAAUGUUGUCCGAAAGAAAAGAUAAUGACAAAAGGCCAUAACAUGAGGUCUUCAUUUAACUUGUGAUAGACUAUAUUAUCAGGUGCUCGUGCAGCCCCUAUACAUAGACUCGAAUGACAUCGUGAUAUCAUUAAUUGAAUUUGUACUUCUGACGAAAAUUAACCCUGUAGAGGGUGAGUUGCAAUAAGUGUUUUGAAACCCUACAGCUGA